AUGAGCAAUUGUUUGCUCAACGGAGGUGCUGACGGUACGUAUGUGCUAAGUCUGGACAACGACAUGAAGCCGCAUCCGAAGUUUUUGCUUGAGGUGCUGUCGUUGGUCUUCUCGCAAGGCGAGGCUUUUGACGGUGGAGAACCUGGUCGUUAUGGUUUCGACCCGGCAGCUUUUGUUGGUACAAAUGCUGUGUUCCGUCGCCGAGCCUUUGACUCGAUCGGUGGCAGUCAGCACGGUGCGAGCGAUGCCAAGGACAGUAGUCGAUUGUGCGAAGGUGCUGUUCCUGAAACAAGGGCUACUGGUAUUAACUGGAAGAAGCGUUGGACAAAGGGAGCUGUGCAGAUUCUGCUGAUGCAAAAUGAGAGCGAAGUUGGCCCGGACUGGCGUCCGCCGCGCGUGCCUGUCCCGGACCCGAAGCCAUCUCUUGCGUUCCCGCGCAAUAUGUUUUUCUACGACUCGGUGUUGUGGACGAAGUGUUCGGUUCCUGCCCUGUGCUACGUGGCGAUCGCCGUCUACUACUUGUGCAUAGGAGACGCGCCGAUCUACGCUCGUGGAACGAAUAUCCUGUACUCUUUCUUGCCCGUGCCGUUCUGCCGUUGGGUGCUGAACCUGCUGGCCAACCGCGCAGUCGACAACAACCACAAGAAGCGUGCGCAGGUAGGCAUGGUCUUUGUUUUCGUUCAUCACGAUGAUGGCAGUUUUGAGGCCAUUCAGGCGCGCGUGACGGGGAAGCACAAGUCAAGGGAAAACACGGGUGCAGAGCACGAGAACGCGACGAAUUUGUGGAACUACGUGUCUGCCAUGUUGUUUGGCUUUUUCGUCAUGCGCCAGUUGUACCUCAUGGUCAAGAUGAGUAUUCCCGACUAUGGCAAGUCUACUACGCGGGCAAUCUCCAGGUGGACCCAAGGCAUCGUAGCAGGCACGAAUGACCCGGCGGCGGCGACAACCGGACGAACCGGAUUGUGUCGCGAAGACGCGGAUGGUGUUUGGCCGACGAGGAGCAGAAGGAGACACAGGAUGCGAUGCGUGCCGAGUGCAGGUGACGAGAAGCGGUGGUGUGGGUCUAUCUGGCGAGCCGGAGACGCGCUCGCAAGUGCGCGCUGUCGUCGACGCUUUCCCUCUAGUACUUGA